UAGGCCUACUACCAAAAAGAACUCUGCACUUUAGCUGACACUUUACUUACUCGCAGAGUCGAAGGGACACUCGUACGUACCUCAUAGAGCAUCGUUACCUGCUGAGUAAAUCGAUCCAUAGUCACGAGCCUAGAUUUCAAAAUGGUUUAUUUACUGUGGUUUUUGGACAUUCGCACUUUAAUACUUGGCAUCCUUGUUGUGCUUUUCCUUAUGUGGCUGAGGUACAAGCCCCGAAACCUCCCACCUGGGCCAUGGGGACUUCCCAUCCUCGGCUCUAUCCCAGCCAUCGUCCUGGCCGUGCGUCGCGGCGUUCAGCCCCAUCAGAUCUUCGACGAGUACGCUCAGAAGUACGGCCCCGUGUUCAGAGUCAGAAUGUUCACCACAACCGUCGUGGUGCUGAAUGACUUCCCGUCUAUCAAGGCUGCUUUUCAGAAUCCAAGACUCAACGAUAGACCUCACAUGCUGCUAACUGAAGCAUUAAAAAGUGAUGGAGUGGUUAUGGCGUCUGGUGAACCAUGGGUACAACUCCGUUCUUUCUGCCUGACUGUUCUCCGGAGUCUGGGGGUCGGUAAAUCAAGCUUCGAGGAGCAAAUCGCCGUAGAGGGCCAGGCCCUACUGACGGAGAUUGCAAGCUAUAAGGAGAGACCGUUCAAUCCAAAGCCUCAGCUCAGUAACGCCGUUUUGAACGUGAUCUGCGCCGUUGUCUUCAGCCAACGCUACGACUACGCUGACCGCGAGAUUCGCGAGCUGAUCGACGGUCUCCUAAGCAUUGUCAAGCAGCUCGGUGCCGGUGGUGCGCUGAACUUCUUCCCCGGGCUGCGCCAUUUACCGUACUCCGGAAUGGAUAAGGUCUUGGGAAAUUAUGACAAGGUUGUUCAGUUCCUAACGAAACAAAUCGACGCACAUCGUGCGACUUUGGACGCCGAGAACAUGCGAGAUUUCACGGAUGUGUACCUGAAGGAAAUACAGCAGAACUACGGGAGCAAUGGGACCGAUGUUGGAAGCCCUCUGACAGCUCGUAGCCACCUCAGCGAAGGCAAUCUUGUUGGGACCAUAGGGAACCUUCUAAUAGCUGGAUCGGUCACAACGUCAGCAACCCUUCAAUGGGGACUUCUUUACAUGAUGGUCUACCAGGAGGUCCAGAAACGAGUCCAGGCCGAGAUUGACACCGUGGUCGGUCGCAACCGGCUGCCGAGACUCGCCGACAAACCGAACCUCAACUACACUCAGGCGGUUAUUUGGGAGAUCCAGCGGCUAGGCUCCGUCGCUCCUCUCGGCGUUUCCCAUGCUGCUGGUGCCGAUACCCAACUGAACGGUAUGGAUAUACCAAAAGACGCACUGCUUGUAGCAAACCUCUGGGCGGUGUUUCGAGACCCAAAACUCUGGCCUGAGCCUGGGCAGUUCAAACCUGAGAGGUUUUUGGACUGCGAAGGCAAAGCAGUCAAGCCGGAAGAGUUGAUACCCUUCAGCACUGGGCGCCGCAGCUGCAUCGGAGAGUUCCUGGCUAAGAUGGAGUUAUACAUCUUCUUCAGCUAUUUCAUGCAUCAGUUCGAAGUCAGGAAACCAGACAACUCGACACCUCUUUCCCUGAAGGGUGUGGGAGGGUUGACGUACGAACCAAUGCCGUUUGAGAUUCGUGUCAUCAAACGUGAUUGAAAACAUUGACAUUCAAACAGAGGGCACCUCUUUGGACGGUUGGUCAGAGCUGUGUCAUUUUCGGUAUAAAAUUUACAUUAUUGUUAGUGGUGUAUAAACGGAUUAAAGAGUAUUAAAUGAACGUUACAGAAUUGGUAAGAAACAAAAAUCGCGAAGAUCACAUAAUUUACAUCAAACUUAAACGGUCUAA